UACAACAUCCAAACAAUCACCAUGCAGAAAGGUUUACAAACAGUUCUAAAUUGCAAAUAACGGGAUUCAACGUAGACUGUGGGGAAAGUGAAAUGUUAAAAGAAACCACAACGUGUUUUAAAUUUUUAUCCUCAGCUUUUUACACCUCUAUAGUUCUUAAUUAAGCUUAAUACGUUAUAAGGAGUUCCGUCUUGUGUACGCUGCCCAGAGCUACAGUAUUACGCGCAAUACUAAAUCAAAUUGUAUUGGUCACAUACACGUCCUAUGGGUGACUACAAUUUAUUCCGUGUCUAAAACUGUGAAAUGUCAUAAAGAUACAUGAAGAUAAUACAUAGUGACGUGUAGCGCACAAUAAUCUACACAUUCUUGCAGACGAACCGAGCGCUGUCCUUCCCGAAGCGACAUCGCACUUCACGUAGUGGACUAGUCCGAGCUGGUGAUCAGGACGAGAUGCUGUUUCCUAAACCACUCCAGAUGAUUAUACCAAAACCGGCGGCUGUAUUUAAAUAAGAACUAAGGGUGUGAAUGUUGAGAAAGGACAAGAUGGGGAAAGGAGUGGCUCUGUUCCUUCUGCUGUUGGCACUUCUUCACGAGGCUAUAGGCCAGAGAAGAAGAAAAGGAAAGUACAGUGUCCUCAGAGAUGGAGAAAAUGACAUGACAACAUGCUCCAUGGAGGUGGCCUUCAUUCUGGACAGUUCGGAGGGCGCCAAGACCUUCCUGUUUGAGAAGCAGAAGUCCUUUGUUCUGCAAUUCAGCACUCGUCUCACCAUGCUCCAGUUGUCUGGAUGGACCCUAAAGCUGCGGAUGGCUGCUCUCCAGUACAGCAGCUCUGUGUCUGUAGAGCACAGCUUCACUGCCUGGCAGGACCUGGAUGUGUUCCACAGCAGAGUCAGCUCCAUGGCCUACAUUGGCCAUGGCACCUACUCCACCUACGCCAUCACCAACGCCACACAGCUCUUCACCCAGGAGACCAAGGAGGACAGCGUCAGGGUGGCGGUGCUCAUGACCGACGGUGCCGAUCAUCCGAGGAACCCUGAUGUGAUCGGAGCAGCGGCGGAUGCUAAGGGUAGUGGCGUGAAGCUCAUUGCUAUAGGGUUGUCGGACCUGGCCCGCCAGAGCCAGAACAGUGCCAAACUCCGGGCUAUCGCCAGCACACCGGCCAAGCAAUUCGUCCACAGUCUCACUGACCCCCAGCUAGAGGAGAAGUUACUGAAAGAGUUGGGUGCAAUAGCGCUUGAGGCGUGUCCACGGGCUGAAGUGUGUUUGUGUGAAAGAGGGGAGAGAGGCUCUCCUGGAAACCCAGGUACAAAAGGAGAUCCAGGAUAUGAAGGACCAUCUGGUCCAAAAGGAUCACGGGGAGAACCUGGAGUCGGUGGCCGACCAGGAAGUGACGGUCUUGAGGGCAGUCCUGGUUAUAAAGGUGACAAGGGGGAGAUAGGAGACUGUGGCACCCCUGGGGGAAAAGGAGAUGAAGGCCCUGGAGGACCUCCUGGCCCACGGGGACCUAGAGGAGACCAGGGUGUUAAUGGACCACCCGGGGACCAGGGUCCGGAGGGCCAAACAGGACCUAAAGGGGACCAAGGAACCACCGGUGCAUCUGGACCAGCAGGUGACAUUGGCAUUGGGUUCCCAGGUCCAAAGGGGGCCAAAGGAAUUCAGGGAAGACCAGGAACCCUUGGUCCCAUUGGCAUUGGAGAGCCAGGACAGCCAGGACCCCCAGGACUUGCUGGAGCACAGGGUAACCAGGGAGCUGUUGGGGAGGGGCUCCCUGGCUCAAAGGGGGAUCGAGGCCACGAGGGCCCCAGAGGUGAGCGUGGUCUCACUGGUGUUGGGGUCAAAGGUGAUAAGGGAAAUCCUGGACAGCUUGGAUCACAAGGACCGGUGGGAAUGCCAGGGGCAGGAAUUCAAGGAGAAAAGGGGAACCAAGGGCCAGUUGGCCCUCCAGGCCCCAGAGGGAAUCCAGGUGUGGGACUUAUGGGCCAAAAGGGAAGCCAAGGCUUCUCAGGUGAGCCUGGAAUCCCAGGGGAGAGCGGUGUUGGGGAGCCAGGACCUAAAGGAGACCCAGGAUCGGAGGGGUUACCUGGUAUUCCGGGCCUCUCUGGAGAGGAUGGAGACAUAGGACAGAAGGGUGACAUUGGGUUACAUGGGCCCAGGGGACGUGAUGGGGCACCCGGAAAAGGUGUCCCUGGAGAAAAGGGGGACCGAGGGGAGCGGGGCUCCAGGGGCCAGCUUGGGGCAGUAGGGCCUGUGGGGCCAAUGGGGGCCAAGGGUGAACCCGGAAGUGCUGGACGAGCAGGUACAAACGGACCACCUGGGCGGGGGUUACCCGGUAUCAAGGGGGACCCUGGUGCAGUAGGCCCACCCGGACAUGUUGGUGAACCAGGAAUAGGAAUCACUGGACCGAAGGGUGAGAGAGGGCUACCAGGGCCCAUUGGUCCACCUGGGCUUGAAGGGGAAGGCUUUCCUGGAACUCCAGGAGCCCCUGGAGUACCAGGAUUGACAGGUGAGAUUGGACCAGAAGGAAAAGGUUUACCUGGUCCUAAGGGAGACCGGGGAACUCCAGGCCCCACAGGACUAGCUGGAGCACCAGGAGUUGGGCUAAUGGGCCCCAAGGGGUCAGCUGGUCAGAUUGGAGCACCGGGUCCCCAGGGACUGCCUGGAGAGGGCAUUCAAGGACCAAAGGGGGAGUCAGGAUUCCAGGGGAUCCCAGGCCCCAGGGGGCCCCCAGGACAAGGUAUUCAAGGGGAUAAGGGAGAAAGGGGGUUUGUGGGUGAACGAGGCAGAAAGGGGGACAGGGGAGAGACUGGAGAGACAGGAACUGCUGGACCUUUGGGCAGACUGGGAGAAAAAGGGGAACCUGGCCUAACAAGGGAGGAGGUCAUCAAACUGGUCAGAUCUAUAUGUGGUUGUGGGGUGAAGUGCCGUGAGAGCCCACUGGAGUUGGUCUUUGUGAUUGACAGCUCAGAGAGUGUGGGCCCUGACAACUUCAACGUGGUUAAGGACUUUGUGAACGCUCUGGUCGACCGUGCCUCCGUGAGCCGGGAGACCACUCGCGUCGGGGUGGUCCUCUACAGCCACAUCGACAUGGUGGUGGUUAGUCUGCACCAGCAAGCCAGCCGGGACCAGGUGAAGAAGGCGGUCCGCACUAUGACCUACCUGGGCGAAGGCACUUUCACGGGCAGCGCCAUCCAUCAGGCCAACCAGGUGUUCCGGGCGGCCAGGCCCGGGGUGAGGAAAGUGGCCAUAGUGAUCACAGAUGGACAGGCGGACGAGAGGGACUCUGUGAGGCUGGAGGAGGCAGUGAAAGAGGCCAAUGGCAGUAACAUUGAGACGUUUGUCAUCGGGGUGGUGAACCAGAGUGAUCCGCUGUACGAGGAGUUUAAGAAAGAGCUCCACCUCAUGGCCUCUGACCCAGACAGGGAACAUGUCUACCUGAUUGAUGACUUCAGGACACUUCCUACCCUUGAGAGCAAGCUGCUGAGUCGGAUCUGUGAGAGUGAUGGCGGGGCCCAAUUCAGCUCCAUCCCUAGCUCCAGAUACUCCCCCGGAACCCCUGGACAAGCCGGGAUUGUCAGGGAAACCCCAGAGAGGACUGAUACUGACACGCCCACUUUCAAUGGAGACUUUAAAAAAACACAUAUGGUGCCAGGUCCACCAGGAGAGUCAGACAGAGUCUUUACCCCACAGGGCCCCCAGUCCGGGGACCAAGAUAACUCAGAGACCUACAGGGUACCAUCCUUUGACAGGGAACCCUUCAAGCGCCUACCAGAGUUCCUUCUUCCGUCAGAGAUGAAGAACCCCUCCCACAGUGUGGUCAUGACGGGCUCCCAGGCCCCAACCCAGAGGCCCCUUACCGUAAAGCUACCCGGGCUCCCCCCAACCUCUCCACCUCUGCCCCAGGAUGCUUUAAUACCGGAUGAGAGAUGUGGACAGACUCUGGACCCCGGGCCUUGCAGGAAUUACUUUGUGAAGUGGUACUAUGACACUACGGCUAAUGCCUGUGCCCAGUUCUGGUUCGGAGGCUGUCAGGGAAACCAAAACCGAUUUGAGUCGGAGAAGAGCUGCAAAAAAACCUGUGUUAAGGUCUAACAUAAACACAGUUGUUGACUUGUUUUGAAUGCUUACAAAUCUACUUGACUGUAUUGAUAAAGACAUGAUACAUUUGGGUCAAAGGUGGGUCAAUUUCAAUAUCAGUGCCUUAUCUCUUCACCAAUACUUUGACAUGGGGAUAGAAAUGGAUAGAACAAAGAGAGUACUAGGUGAUGUUGGGACCAAAUGUUCGAUCACAGUUAUUUUGGAUUCGUAUUCCCUCGUCUUGGAACUGUUGGUGGUAACAUGGCACCAAUUCAAUUUAACUUGAAUUAAAUUGAAUUUAUCCCCUCAGGGGCAAUAAGCUAUUUAUAUAACUUUGUAUAUGUGUGUCUUUGUUUUAACAUAAACUCCCUCAUUUCUUGGAGGUAAAUAACUGUAAGUUGAAUGAGACUUAGGGCUUUUGAAAGAAGUAUACAGUGAGGGAACCAUUCCAUUUAUUCAUGUUCAAGAUGGAGUAAUAAGGGCAGUGCGAACCGUAUUGGUUUCCAAAAACACCGUUGAACACUAAAUGGCAAUGUUACAAACAUGGCAGACGUUCAUAACACUAACCUUUAUCUCGGAUUAACUUUCCUAUAAGUAACUAAUUUGUAUGAAAACUGACUGCUGGAUAUUAUUGUUUAUAACACUGCACAAUUUCAUUAAAGUUAAU